GCCUUGUGACUCUGGAGGUGGCAGUUGUUUGUUUCAACCAGAAGCCCAAGCUGAGUUCACUUAUGAGUUCACCGUGUCUGAUUUAAAUUGUGUUUAUGAUGCGCCACUGGUGUUGAGAUUGAUUUUGGAUAGCCAAGUGUCCUGAGUUUAUUAUCAACCUAGUCUGUUAGGUUCAACCUUAAUCCGAUUUCUCAGACUAAUUCAUUAGCAUUUAGAGAGACAGGAGGCUCUAGCUCCGCCUGCUGACCAACCCCCAAUUCCUGCCCCUCCGGCCACAAGUAUAAAGAAAACCACACAAGGAUGUAAAGUGUGUGGUACAUAUCCAAGCAUUUGCAUACUUCUUUUGUGGAUUGAAGUUACAGAAAGUAAAUAGAUUAGGUUUUACUUUAAGAGAUUUACAUAUUACUUUGACCGUGUUGUCAUCUUUACAAGCAGAGGGAUCCAGCUCAUGAAGCAGAUGUAAAGAUGUCUGUCGAGUACCAGGCCUCUACAAUGACCAGCAUGGACAUAGACAACAGUAAAGUUGGCUAUAAGCAACUUUUAGACGAUGGCAGCAAGCUCCGGUAUUCAGUAUAUGCACUGAGGAACAGCCCCUUCAGAGCUGCUACUGUUGGUCUUGGGCUGCUGUGUGUGCUCCUGAUGGCUGUGGUCAUAGGUCAGAGUGUCCACUACCAGAAAGUCGGACAAGACCAUCAGAACAACCUUAAAGCCAUGAUUAAUGAGAAAGAGAAACUACAGGACGAUCUGAAGACAGAAAAAAAGCUUAAAAAAGAGCUUGAGACCUCCCGCAAUCAGUUACAGAAAACAAACGAUUACUUAUCUAAAAGACGAGACCAAUUACAGACCAACAACAAUAUACUGACCCAAGAACAGCAACAACUGAAAUCUAGCCAAAGUCAGUUGCAGGCCAGUAACGCUGCUAUCACCAAAGAGAAAGAACAGCUAAAAGCCAGUAAAGACCAGUUACAGAGUAGUUUCACUGCCUUGUCGACAGCCAAAGCCUCAUUACAAAAACAAUACGAUUUAGUGCUAAAGCGAAAAAAUGAGGUACAGGCCAGUUUUGAGACGGUGACCAAAGAGAGGGACAAUUUACAGAACAAAUUCAAUAAUGUAACCAGAUCAAAAGACCAACUGCAGCUGAGUUACAAUGACUUGAUAAAGCGUGUCGAGCAUUUGCAGGACAGAUACAACUUCUCCACCAGCGAGAAAGACAAGCUUGCUAGCAGUCACCAAAACCUGACAAUAUCAAAAGAAACUCUGCAGGCCACUUAUGACCUACUUGUAAAGGAGACAGAUAAGUUGCGGGCUACGUAUGCAUCCUUGGUUCAGGAAAAAGAAGAGCUUGAAAGCGAUUGCAAAAAUGCAACUGUGGAUAGAGACCUGCUGAAGGUGAACAAUUACAACCUGACUACUGAGAGAGAUCAGCUGAAGGCGGAGACUGAGAGACUGAAGGGACUGGUUCCAGCUAGGAAGUGCCCCACCGGCUGGAAGAGGUUUGAGCAGAGCUGCUACUUCACUUCUGUUAGCAAGAAAAGCUGGAGUCAGGGCAGGAGCUACUGUCAAAGCAAUGGUGCAGACCUGGCGAUCAUAAAAAGCCAAGAUGAAAUGCUAUUCAUCAACGGCUUGUAUUCAACUGACAAAGAAGUCUGGAUUGGACUGACUGAUGAAGGAAUAGAAGGGCAGUGGAAAUGGGUAGAUGGGACAACACUGACCACAGCGUUCUGGGAUAAAGGCCAACCUAACAGCUAUGAUGGGAGGAACCAAGACUGCGUGGAAUUCUGGCACCGUGCAACAGGAACAGGCGCCUGGAACGAUGAGAACUGUGAUCUAGAGCAAAAUUUUAUCUGUGAGAUGUAGUUUUCCUGUACAGAGAGGUCUAGCGGUUUGGUUAGCCAUGCUGCCAGCUGUCUGGUGCUGAUGAUAAUCAUGUAGUGUAGUACUAAAAAUGCAGAUAGGGACUGUUGACUGCAAAUUAGAAAUAAUCAAAAUAUCAGACACAGUUUGCUUAGAAAUCAAUAUUAUGUGACCAGUGUACACUCAAUGGCACACAGCACUGCUAACAGCUAAAGCCUGAAAUGUACUGAUUGUAAUAAGUAUGGUUUUGUGAAGUGAAAUUUAGCAGAUGGCAUGUCUUGGUGAUGUGGAACCAGCUUGGUGCAAAGGGCACUGAGAUUCUCAUAGGUGCACAUGCUGUAGAAAGAGUAACGUUAGUGGUUUAAGUCAUUUAUGGAGUGUGAGCUUGCUUUAAAAUCCUCUGGCACCAAGCCCUGCUCUGCCAAUAGUUUAAUAAUGCUGGCUAUUUUGCAUUCAGUUGUUUCGUCAGUUAGUUGGCUUGUUCUGUGACUAGGGGCCUGUUUGAGAAAGCAUGUUUAACAAACUCGGAAUCUAACCCUGAACUCUGAGUUGAUGAACACUGAGAUGGAAAACUUGUGCUUUCAGUUCCAGAACAGCUGAUCAGAGUCAGUUUAGUCAACUCUCAGUAUGUUCACUCUGAGUUAAGUUUGUGAGUGUUGAAUGAAAAAAGCCAUCAUCAAUGGCGCUCCGAUACUGCAAUUCACCAUAGCAAUAGCUAAAUAAAAGGCAGAGCCGCUAUUUUAAUCCAGUGGACAUAGAGGUUUUAAUGCAUGUAUGUGUGGACUGUAAACAUUGAUCCAAAGAAAAAAAAAAAGAAAAUAACUUCUACUCACAAAAAGACAGAUAUGCAGGGGUUUGAUUCUGAGCUGAAGUGACUCAGUCUCGGAACCCAUCCUCUAUUGUCUGACGGCAAUACAUAUGCAGAUAUCUGUGUAUCGAGAUUAAGGCUGACUUGAUGCUGUGUGAUAUUUUAUUGUGAGGUUGAAAACCACUGUUUGAAGAAGCAAUUGUGUAUAAAAGCAGUAACUUAAGAUAGCCCUGAGUAACAAACUAUUAUCCAAAUAGGAUUUUGAUUCUGACAGUAAACUUCUGCUAAUUACUGCGCUUCGAUACUCGCUUUGAAACGGACUGAAUCAAUGAGGAAAUGAAACAGCAUGUCUUGCUCUGUCAGAGGGAGGAGACAGAGAGAAACUCAGGGUUUGUUGGUGGAAACCUGCCAGUGUGCAAAUUAGGUUUACAAAGUCAGUUACCAAAGUAACUAACCCAGAGUUUAAGUUACCUCUCUUACUGGACGGAAAACCCAGAGUUUCCCUAAUCUCAGGGUUAACUUACUCAGAGUUUUCACUAAACCCGCUUUCUGAAACAGGGCCUAGGAUGAAGGUUCACACAUAGUCAAAUCUGGAUAAACAACCGCUCAAUCUGUGCUUUAAUCAUUUAAAUGAACAUAUGGAACAAAGGCUGCUCACAUUGCAAUAUUCUUCAAAAAACAUUUAUGUAUUGAUUCGUGUAAAUAUAUUAAAUGAGUGUUUGUAAUAAAUGGAUUCAAUUAAUGUAAUAAAUAGAACUCAUAGAGUUUGACAAGACGCUCAAGUAAUUGGGACACUAAGGACAAGUCGCCUUAAAUGUAACGUGUUACAAUUGUACCACAGGUGUUUUCUUUUGCUGCAUAAAUGUCAGUUGUCAGUAUCAACAGGAUUCGUCCACUCUGAAGAAACAGCAGCUGGAAAACCAGUUUGGCACAAACUAAAUAAAAAUUAUGAUCCAGGGAUAUUUUUCAAAUAUAAAUUUUUGUAUGUUGUGGAGCUAAAACCCACACUGUAGUUUGCAUGUAUCUGUUCUUCUUCAGUUAGCAUAGUUUUCACAUGUCAUGCAUGCUAGUUCUGGUCUGUAAGGAACUCCAAAGCUCAUUUGUAACACGUGUUCAUUUGUAACAUGAUCAUUGUAUAUAUAUAUAAUACUGUAUUCAUAUAACUUUUAUUUCUGUUUUUGUCAAUUAAACUUGCAAAUAUAAACGGACUGUGUGACUGUAA